UUUGAGCUGGUCGCAGGGUGGUGGUUUGAACUCCAACGUCAUCAAUCAGCGACGGGAGCAACCAAAACAGUUCAGAACAUUUUUGACUACGUCCACGUUAAGAAACCGUCAUGUUACAACCAACAUCGUUUCCAACCUCGGUAGGGGACCGCGACAAAGCAGACUGCACGACUGAGGACAUUUUGCAAGACGAGGAAAACCCGUUUAACUUCAGUCCUCAGCUCAUCAAUCUUCAUAAAGACCACGAGCUAUUCGAGGAUGGAGACGUUGAAAGACACAUGUACCUUCAAGACCUUUAUAUUUCAGAGGCAGACGACGACAAACAAACCCUCAGCGUUUCAGAGUUUGCCUGUCACAUCUCUGGCUGCAACGCAGUCCACGGUACUUUAGAGGAGUAUGAGCACCACUACAAUUCCUUACAUAGACACGUGUGCUCCAUCUGCCGGCGCUCAUUACCCACCGCUCGCCUCCUGGAUAUUCACAUUCAGGAGUGGCACGACUCUGUCUUCAUGGUCCUGGCACAGCGGCAGGACAUGUACCAGUGUUUGGUGGAAGGCUGUGCACACAAGUUCAGGACGAGCACACUCCGGAAGGACCACUUGAUACGAAUUCACAAGUACCCCCCAGACUUCAGAUUUGACAAAGCCAAAAGAGAGAAAGGAUCUGGAGAGACAAAGCAGCAGCAGGACAUAGCGAUGGAGGUUGUGGGUAAUGCGAGUGAGGUUCUUUGUGAAGAGCAGGCCAAACAGGUAGAUCAAGAAGAAUCCAUGGAGAUGCCCGUGUCCUUGACAGGGACCCACUUGACUGAAAAAGACACCACACAUGAGGAGAUGGCAGCAUGUCAAAACACAAACGAUGAGCAUCUGAAACCACGAUACUCCUACAGGGUUCCUUCUAAUGUGUGCUUUGGUCAUGGCUCCAUUCGAGGCUUCAGAGGUCACAGAGGAAGGAGGAAAUGAAACAGCUUGAGAAAUCACAAUUAUGUACUCUAUUAUUUCAAAUAACAUAAAAUAGUUUUCUCACGUCAUUUGUUCAGACAGUCUUUUGUGUGACAUGCACAUUUUUUACUGCAGGUCUUCAAAACGGACUUUUUAAAACAAAAAACAAAGCAACCUCAGUAUAUUUGUAAUAGACUUUAAUUUCCCAAAAUGCUUUUUCAGUAUAAAAUACACUUGAUAACUCUUGAGUAUAAAAUAAGUCAUCAAUUUUUAUUUACAGAUAAAAACGGUGCCUGCUGUUGUCUAAUAAGAGCUUUUCAAAUGACUGCAAAGUAAAACCAAAACAAACUUAGAAGUACAUUUUAAUUUAAAGGUCAAUGGUGUAAAGAUUAUUAAUGUGGGCAAAAGGAAGGUAUGUUGACUUGGCAUAAUGUCCAUGGAAAGCUCAGCGUCCGUUUUAAAUUUGAGUACAAUUAUUGCUUAAUAUAGCGCUUGUGUCUUCUGUGCAAUGUUCUUGGACUGUCUUACAAUAUUAUAUCUUUGGAUUACAAUUUUAGGAAGGUCACAUCAAACAUUAUUUUUGGCUUGUAAAUCCCGUUAUAUUUUGUACAUCAAUACACAAGUAAAUCCAAUACAAAUGAUCAACAUCAGAAUAUUGUCAAAAUUUCCCGUUUUUACCUUAGGUAUUAAAAAAUAUUGUUUU